GACAGCUGCUCUGGAAACAUCUGUUCGGAGCGCCUGCUGCUGCUCCCUCUCUGCCUUAAUUACUUCUUCCACUGUUCCCUGAUUCUUCUUCUUCUCAGUGGAGCUUUUUGUAAAAUCACUGCACAGAUUAUGAAGCUGUGGAUUUGUAUGAUUUUAAGCCUGAUUCUUUUGGCUCUGCUGGGGUUCAUCUCCCUCCCAUGGUAUUCCAGUCUGUUAGCAGGCCUGGGAGUCUUUGUGUUCUGGAUGGGAUCUUGGAAGAACCUUCAUAUUGCUGCAUGCACUAUUAAGAGAGAUCUAAUGUGUCUGGCUGCUAUUGUGCGAGUAAGACUUUCCAUAAACAGAAAUCUACGAAACAAAACAAGCAUUCCUGCCUUGUUUGCUCAGAAAGUUCUGCAGCAUCCAAACAAACCAGCCUUGAUCUUUGACACCACAGGGGAGGUUUGGAGUUUUCUGGAGUUGCAGGAGCGAUGCAAUGCUGUGGCUCACUGGGCUCUGGCCCAGGGCUGGGCUGAGGGAGAUGUAGUAGCUUUAUACAUGGAAAAUCAUCCAUCAGUGGUGGCUCUGUGGCUGGGGCUGGCCAUGGUGGGUGUAGAAACUGCUUUCAUUAACUACAACCUUCGACAAGAAUCCCUGCUGCACUGUGUCGCUGUGUGUGGAGCUCGGGCCAUGGUGUUUGGAGCAGAACUGAAUGAAGCUGUGUCAGAAGUGGCAGGAUCUUUACAGCCCGCCAUGACUUUGUUCUGCACUGGUGAAGAAGAGAAAAAGGAAAAACCCUGCAGCCUUUCAGCUCAGAGUCUGGAAGCUCUGCUGACCUGUUCCCCCACUCACCCACCAAACUACAAGCUGAAGAAAGGCUUUAAUGGAAGACUUUUCUACAUUUACACUUCUGGUACGACUGGAAUGCCAAAGGCAGCUGUAGUGGUGCACAGCCGUUAUUUCCGUAUCGCUGCCUUUGGUUUUCACUCCUUUGGUCUGCGUCCAGAUGACAUCCUCUACAACUGCCUUCCUCUCUAUCACUCUGCAGGCACCAUCAUGGGUGUGGGACAAUGUUUACUCUUCGGCCUUACAGUUGUAAUCAGGAGAAAGUUCUCAGCCAGUCGCUUCUGGGACGACUGUGUCAAACACAACUGUACUGUAAUCCAGUACAUCGGUGAAAUCUGCCGCUACCUGUUGGCUCAACCCGUCCGCCAAUCCGAAGCUCAUCAUCGGGUCAGAGUUGCCAUUGGUAACGGGCUCCGUCCGUCCGUGUGGGAAGAGUUUGUCCGUAGGUUUAGGAUCAAAAGAGUUGGCGAGUUCUAUGGUGCAACUGAAUGCAACUGCAGUCUGCUCAACAUAGAUGGCAAGGUGGGAGCGUGCGGCUUCAGUAGCAGGAUCCUACCUAACUUUUACCCCAUUAGGCUGGUUAAGGUGAAAGAGGAUGAGAAAGAGCUGCUCAGGGAUUCAAAGGGACUCUGCAUACCUUGUCUGCCUGGGGAGCCGGGUAUGUUAGUGGGCCGCAUCAGCGACACGGAUCCACUCAGGCGGUUUGAUGGCUACGCUGAUCAGGACGCAACCAAUCAGAAAAUAGCUCACAAUGUGUUCCAGAUGGGAGACUCCGCUUAUGUCUCAGGUGACGUGCUGGUGAUGGAUGAGUAUGGCUACAUGUAUUUCAAGGACCGCAGCGGGGACACGUUUCGCUGGAGAGGGGAGAAUGUUUCGACCACAGAGGUGGAGGGAGUCAUCAGUGGGCUGCUGGGACACACUGAUGUAGCCGUAUAUGGAGUGCCUGUUCCAGGCGUGGAGGGCAGAGCAGGCAUGGCCGCCAUCGCUCACACAGGAGGAAGUUUGGACCUAAAUGAGUUUUUGAGUGCUGUACAGAAAGCACUUCCCUCCUACGCGCGGCCCCUCUUCCUGCGAAUCAUGCCGUCUGUGGACACCACAGAUACAUUUAAAAUAAAAAAGACACGUCUGCAUAAGGAAGGCUUCAAACCACAAGACAGAAGGGAGGAGAUCUAUUUCCUGAACAGCCGUGCUGGAAGUUACGAGCUUGUUACUCAUGAACUCUAUAAAGCCAUCAUGGCGGGUGAAGUUCCUCUUUGAGACCGAAGGACACGUAUAACGCAUAAUAUGCUGCAGAUUUUAUUUU